UACCGCUGGCUGUCCUGCACGAGAGAGGAAGGCAUGUGGUGGCAGUUCGAACCACAGUCCUAACUCAACCUCAGGCUGUGAUAGAUUGUAUCGUGUGUCUUCGAUCCGUGAUCGAUACCCGGUGAAAUUAUUAUUAAGUCUUUUGCUAAAGUGCUACCGGUUUAUCAAAGUCAAUCCGCUUCUCAAAAAAAAAGAGAAGAAAGGAAAAAAAAAUUUUUUUUUUUUGCCACGGAUCAUUUCAAUAAGUGAACCCUCAAUAAUCCUGAGGACAUUAUGAGGAUACAAUCCCAAGGAUUUUUCUCCUAACUUUGAAAAAAAUUUUCAAAUCCAAAGUUUUGGAAAAAUAAAUUUUUGAAAAUCCAAAAAAAAAAAUUUUUGGAAAUAAUUGCAAAAAAUUUCUUCUAAAGAAGUACCCUAAAAGAUAUUUGCACAGUUUUACCGAAGAAUUUGCAAAAUAAUUUUUCGGUGAAGAAUUUCCCGAAAAAAUAUUAGUAAAAUAAUUUUAAUGAAAAUUUGAAUUUUGAAUAUUUUUGAUAAUUGAAAAUAUUCUGGAAAAUAUUUUUUUUUUUUGACGAAAGAUUCUAAUUUUUGAGAAAUAUUUAUUUUUAAUCGAAAGAUUAUUUAUCCUAAUUAGCAUAGACUAAUUUUUAAGGAUAUGAUUAAUUUCGACAAGGAUUAAAUGGUCCUUGAGAAAAUUUUCCGGAAUAACCCCAUUCUUCAGAUUUCUUCAGCAUCUUUCGGUUGCGAUUCUCCUUCAGCACUUUUUCUUCAACGUCUCUUAUUUCUUCUUUGAAUAUCUCUUAAAAUCCUUAUAGUAAGGAUAUAAAAAAUUUUUUAUUAAAAAUUCUUCUUUAUUUUCUGUUCUUUAGGAACAAAAAAAUUUUUUCCCCUCCUCAUUUUUAUGAGGAUAUACUUCAGUAAAGAAAAAUAAAAAAUAAAGAAAAAGAAGAAAAACUCAGAGAUUUAUAGUAAAACUAUUUCUUUAUCAUUAAAAGUUACUCCAAUUUUAUUUCCCUUUAAGGUAAAGUUUCAAAAAUUUUCAUUUUUGCAAUUUCUUCUUCUCUCCUUCCUUGGGAUUGCAUAAAAAAAGCAUUUUUUGGAAAAUUGACAAAACAAAAUUCUCAAAAUAUUUUGAGGAUAAAUUUGCAUUUGAGGAUUAUUUUGUAAAAUUGACUAUUCAAGGAGAGUUUUUUUUACAAAGGAAGAUAUUAUUGGAAGAAAGAAGACAACGAAGAAUUUUUCGAGAAACAAAAAUUAAGUUUCUGCAAGGAAUUAAAUAUUAAAAGAGAUGCUACCGGAGCCGCGCUCCUUCUAAAGAACACCACAUCUGAGUAAACGAAACGUCUCUUGGAAUAAAAAUGCGGUCAACGGAUCUCUUUGGAUUCUUCCUCUUAUUCCUCCUGGACUUUUGGAGGCCAACGGAGGGAUUAUGUACCAUCGAAAAUUCCACAAUUGCCAACUGUCAUUCACUAAAGGACAUUGUUGAUAUCAAACGGGAGGAUAUUGUCACUCUAAAAACAUCAAUCGAGGAGAAUAUUUUGACUCCGAACCUACUUGGAAAUUUAACAAGUCUCAAACAUUUGGACCUUUCGAGGGGGAAUUUAUCGAAGAUUUCACCUGGAACAUUUCAUCAAUUGUCACAACUUCAUUCACUUAAUUUAGCGGAGAAUCACAUUAGGCAUUUAAAUUCGAGUUCUUUGGAGGGUUUGAAAAAAUUGCGAACUCUCAGUUUGAAGAAGAACAAUUUACGCUCACUUCCGGAAGCGCUGACCGAUUUGAAGAAUCUUAAAUUUCUCGACAUUACGAGAAACCAUAUUGAUUGUGAUUGCGCAACUUUGAGAGUAAGGGAUAAAUUGGUGGAGAAGGGAGUAAAGAUUGCUAAGAGAGCUGUUUGCAGUGGACCAGUUGGAGUAAAGGGUUUGUCCCUAUUGAAGCCAACUUCAGAACUAGUUUGCAUUUUUGAGGAACAAGAUGAAGGAAUGCAGAAGGAUCAACCGUUUGGUAAAGAUGAUGCAGAAGGUUUGGAAGAUUUCGGAUCUGGUGAUGAGGAAAUAACCGAUGAUGACGAUGGAGGACUUGAGGAUGUUGAAACACCACCAAAGGAACCGGAAAUCGAAACACCAGCACCGGAAACACCAGCACCAGAAAUAGCAGUGCCAGAAACACCAAUGCCAGAAGUGCCAAAAACGACCGAAGCACCAAAUCCGAAAACAACCGAACCUACAGUUUUGGAAACAACUGUUCCACUAACAACACCAGAAAAAGAGACUUCAACCAAAUCGAUCGAGGUUUCUUUGGAGAAAACCAAAUUAAAAGGCGACGAUGGUCUAUUUUUCGACAGCGAGGAAAAAUCAUCAUCAACCGAAACAAAUCAUCAAACACAAAAACCCUCCGAUAAAUCUGAUCUAUUCUCCAACGAAGGUUCCGGCGAUGAUGACGAGGGUUCCGGAACACUAACACCACCGAUAGACUUCACCAAAACAAGAGAAGAGGAGUCAGCCUUCAAGGACACCGUAUUCGACAAAGACGCCUCGAAUUCCGGCAGUUUGUUCGACUCCAUCUUCGGCAAUUGGCCCGAUUCACCAACCACACUCCAACCAGAAGACAAAACCCCAAAAUUCCCCGAAAUCGAAAAAGAGGAAUUCCUACCAGUCAUUCCCGAGAAAGCAUCAGAAGCCGACGCAAUGCUACCAAAAAAACCCCACGAAAAAGUACCCGAAACAUCCGAAGUCGAAAAAUCAAAGAACACCGAAACAAAACAAGAAUUAGCGGACGCUUCUCAAGAGGCAAAGACCGGUAAUGCCCCAAUGGUGGUGCUAAUAGUCCUCCUCGGCAUUUUCAUCGCCCUCAUUAUCCUAGCAGCCUUCAAGGGUGAUUUCUGCAAAAAGAAACGAAUUCCCGACGAUGUCGAACGUGGCACCGAGCUGAAGGAAAUGAGAAAAUCCCUACUCGAGGGCAACAAUGCGGUACAACCGAAAAUAUCCAAUGGCAAUGCGGAAAGUGUGCCAUUAAUAAAGGUCCCCCUGCAGGACGAUAAGGAAAUUGUGAAUCAAAAUGGAAAUGGACUGAAGGAAACUCCAACGGCAAACGAAACACAAGAACAAGAUCCUGUGAAACCACCAAGAAAAUCGAAUCUUGAUGAAGUUACCCAUUCGCCAACAAACGGAAAAACACAUCCCAUUGUUCCGCCGUUAAAUUUGUCACAAAGUGAAAUAAAGGCACCGCCUAAUACUCCAAUGACGGAUUUCGGUAGUCCGCCACUCAGUCCCGAUGCACAGCGAGUGAAAAUUAUCCUACAGGAGAAUCCUGACAGUGUUCCGAAAACGCCGAUUCUCAUCACACGAACGAAAAUGGGUGAAAACCUAGUCAAAACGCCCUGAGUCCAAAACACUUUUUUAAAGACUUUAAUAAAAUUUUAAUUAAAUGAUCAAAAAAAAAAAAUUUGGUCGGAAAAAUUUUCACCAAACAGUGGGUGAAAAAAAGUUUUGUUACGAAAAUAUUUUUUUUUGGUGGAAAAAGAUUCGUUACACGAGAACUAUUAGGAAAAAAGGGAGAAAAAGUUAGGAGUUCAAUUUCUUUUAAUGGUAGAGAUUUUGUUAGAAAAAUAUGAUGCGAAAAUAUUUUGCUACAAAAAAUAAAUUGUUACAGAAAGAACUUUGAGAAAAGAAGAAAAAUUAGGAGUUAAAUUUCGUUCUUUGGUAAAAAUGGUUUUGUUGCAAAGAAGAUUUUGUUUGAAAAAUAUUUUGGUACGAAAAUAGUUUGAUAAGACGAUACUUUGGUACAACAAUAUUUUGGUACAGAAGUAUUUUGUUACAAAAUUAUUUGUUAGAUUAAAAAACCUAGGGGAAGAAGAAGAAAAAUUUUGAUUCAAAUUCCUUUUUUUUUGGUAAAAAUGGUUUUGUUACAAAAAAAUUUCGAAACAAUAAUAAUUUCCGAUACCAAGAUAUUUGUAACAAAAAAAUGCAAAAAAAGAAAAAAUAUUAGGAGUUGAAUUUAUUUUUUUUUUUUGUAUUAAAAAAGGUUGUUACAACAAGUUUUGUUAGACAAAUAUUUUGAUACAAAAAUAUUUUGUUACAACGAUAUUUUAAUACAAAAAAAAAAAAUUUGUAAC